AUGGGGAUGCAGAUCCUCGAUCUCGAUUCCCAACGGCGCAGGGUCCUUGACAGAGAGGCGGAGUUCCCUGGCGACACGGUCGCCCACGCUUAUGUCUUCGACGACGACGGCGUCUCGGCGGCCGACCUCAACGGGCAAGUUCGACAGGCGCGGGUGAAGGCCGCCAUCCUCGGGGACGUGGAGUUCGAAAACAUUAAGGAUGUUCGCUGGCUGGUCCACUCCGUCGGCGACGACAAGUUCGGGCAGGAGAAGCGCUUCGUGGAGGAGGUGGUGGUCGAGCGGAUCGCAGAGUGGGAGAGUGGACGCGAGGACACGGAGGGCGACUCCAGGAUCCUCGGGAUCCACCGGCGCCAGGGGAAGCGGAACUUGGCGCCGCACGAUGCAGUGGAGUUCUUCAUGCAGGAGGAGUUCAACGACUGGCCGUUCCCGCCUUCACGUGCUGCAAUGGGGUAUCUGGAGUCGAUCAGAGACGGCCCUGGAUCGUUGGUCGUCUACGAGUGUGAGUGGAGGCAGGACAGCGGUGUUGGCGAUGGCACCGCGGCGCUUCAUGAGCACAGCAACAAUGCGGAGGUCAUGCUGCUGGCCCACCAGGUGGACCAGCUCAACAUCCCGAACCUGGCGUGCUUCGAGCAGCUCAUCAGGCGCCAGGUGCAGAUCGAGAUGGCCGUCGAGGGGAAUGCUAAGCACCCUGACUACGGCGGGCUGGACCUGGUUAUGGGCGGCCCGACUACCGAGAGUGGCGCCGCUGCCAGCCAGAGCUUCAGGGAUUGGAUCUACAAGAAGCAGGGGAGCGGGCGCAGGCGCUCAAGCAGGCCAGGGUUCUCCGAGAAGAACGGCUCCAUGAAGAUAAACGUCACAAAGGCGCUCCUCGGUAUGUCUGUCAGCGUCGACGCGAGCAGACUCAUCGGCCGCGCCGAGAAUGCGACGCGGUUAGCGGCGGGCCUCAUCAAGCACGAUAAGCAUUGCAUCGGGCGAGAUGCGGAGCAGAUUUGGGAGUUUCAGGCCGCUCGCGACUUUCCGCGGCCAUAUUGGGAUCCCAAGUUGGCCAACAGCCCUCAGGAGAUCAUCAGUUUGGUCCACCAGCUGCGGUCCUCCAACGUCGUCGGCUUCCGCCGUAAGAUCAAGGGCGCGAUGAGCGCGCGGCAGACAUCGGACGGCGCCGUGCGCGCCAAGACGCGCGUGUGCGUCUUCGGCUCCGGCAGCUUCGGGACCGCCCUGGGCACGCUGGUGGCGAGGAACGGGUACACCGUCACGCUGCUGACUCGCCGCGAGGAGGUCGCCGUCUCCGUCAACACCAAGCAUGUGAACCCGCAGCACCUGUCGGAGUGCCGGCUGCCCCCGAACCUCUCGGCCACCACCUCGGCCGAGGAGGCCUUGAGGGGCGCCUCCUUCAUAGUGCACAGCGUGCCCGUGCAGUCCACCGAGUCGUUUUUGGCGCCGCUGCGGGACUUGGUCCCGCCCGGCGUGCCGUUCAUCUCGACCUCCAAGGGCCUGCACUCGGAGACCCUGGAGACGAUGAACGAGCUGGUGCCACGGGUGCUCGGCAGGCCCCAGCCCAUGGCCUUCCUGAGCGGGCCUACGUUCGCGAAGGAGCUCGUGGACUCUCAGCCCAGCGGCGCCGUCAUGGCCUCGGAGGACCUCAGAGUGGCCGAGGCUUGCGCCGCCAUCUUCCACUGCCAGUCGCUGCGAUGUUACACCACCGACGACGUCAUCGGCGUAGAGGUGGGUGGUGCGCUGAAGAACGUGUACGCGCUGGCAGCGGGCACGAUCGAGGGCAUGGGGCUGGGAGUGAACCCGAUGGCGUUCAUGGUGACCCGCGCCUGCUCCGAGAUGAGCUGCCUCGCUGUGGCGAUGGGCGCCCGCGCACACACGAUGGCGGGCCUGGCCGGCAUCGGCGACCUCAUGCUCACGUGCAUGGGCGGCGCAUCUCGCAACAAGGCGGUGGGCAUAAAGAUCGCCCGGCUGCGCGCCAGGGUGGCGCAGCACGGGCCGAGCCCGAGAGGCCAGACAGCCUUCCAGACCCCGGGCGCCAUGUUUUUCCACAGCGUGGUGCCUGAGAGCUCUGCGUCGGAGACCCUCAUCCCACGGCAGAGCUCCACCAGCUCCGCGCAGGAGUUCGAGACACUCCGCUCGCGAGCCACGUUCUCCUCGCCAUUUUUCUUCCUCCGGGACGCUCUGGCUCUCGCCAUCCCACGGCUCCGCAUCACGUCCAGCAGCCGGAGGGGCUUUGACUCCAGCAGUAUCACAUCCAGCGGCCAGUGCAGGCGGCCCUGCCCCACCGCGCCACCCGCGCGCGCGGCGCCGCGGCGCAGCCACGGCGCAGCCACGGCGCAGCCGCGGCGCAGCCACGGCGCAGCCACGGCGCGCCGCGUGUGCGGGCCGCGCGCGCGCCGCUUCGCCCUCCGCGCCGCGCGUGUGCAGGCCGCGUGCGCGCCGCGGGCGCCGCGGGCGCCGCGCGGCGCGGCGCCGCGGCGGACGCCCGCCGCGCUGGUGGACGCCAUGCCGCAGGGCCCCGUCUUCCGCGGCGGCGGGGCCGGCGCCGCGGUGCCGCCGGGGCCAGCGGCGCGCGGGGAAAGCGGCGACGCGGUGGCGGCUGACCAGGCGGCGGAGGCCCGCGGCGCGCUCGGCGCGCACGUCGCCUACGCCAUCGUCGUCGAGCAGCCCGGGGCCACGAGCACCGUGGAGAAGCGCUACUCCGAGUUCUCCAAAGAGGAGGGCGAGCCGUUCGCCCCCACUCUGUGCUCCCUGCCCGACUGGCGCGCGCUGGCCAAUUUCAGCCCGCAGUUCCUGGAGCGGAGGCGGCAGCAGCUGGAGGCGUACCUGUCCUUCCUGUGCCUGCACACGCUGGUGCUCCUCGACGGCGCUAUCCUCGGAGUGACCGUCCAGAUGGCCACUGCGCACGUCCUCUGCGACGCCCCGCGCGUGGCCGCAGGCAUCCGGGACCUGGAGGCGCUCCUGGCCGUCGGCCAGCCGGCCGAGGGGUGUGCCCACCCGCUCGUCUUGGGCGCGCUGCGCGCCGCACUGGCGGACCCCGGCGUGCCGGAUGAGGUGCCCACGCGCGCCUGCCGGGUCCUGGAGCGCGUCCUCACACUCCCGCGGGCGAGGUUGCUGUUCCUGCCGCGGAGGGCGGGCGGCGUGGCCGCGCUGCUGGCCGUGCACGGGCGCGGCGGCGCAGCCGCGGAGGCGGCGCGCGCGGUCUUCGAGGCACUCUGUGACGCGGACACGGGCCCGGACGCGAGCGCUGCAGAGGGCGCCGGGCCAGCUGGUCAGAGGCCGUCGAGGAUCGAAGAGGUCAAAAAAUGGGAUUCGUAA